ACCGCUCUUAUCGUUGAGCUAUUGAGGCUCUUAGCAAUUAAUUAACGACUGACGUAAAUGCUCUCAAAGCCACAGCAAUGUAAUACACUAACGAGUUAGGGUGUUGGCUGUGGCGCUCCUAUGGCUUUGAGAAAGCCCUAACCAGAACUUGAACCCAGGACCUGAACUGAUCUGAAAUCUAGGCUAACUAGUGACAAUGUUGGAGUUGGUACUAAUUCGGACUAUAUAAACGCUUCCGAACUGAAAGAUUUUCAUAACUUAUUGCUGAAAAGUUAAUUUAUUUAUUUAUACUUUAUUUGUACACUACAACAUAAGAAAAAACAAAUAACAAGAAAGAAAAAAGUUCGCUACGUAGCAAUUUCUUCCGAUAAUAAUUGCGAUAAUUUAAAUUUUUGUAGAUCGUGGACGUUAUGGUUAGGCGAAGUACGAACUACUUUAGUUAGUAGGUUGAGUUUACUUUAGUCGAGUACGAACAAUUUUUGGAUUUACCGCCCAAAAAUUUAUCCGUUCUCGACUAGGAUACUAAAGUAGUCUGUACGGCCUAUAAAACGGAGUGUUCUCUGUCUACGGUAAAUCGCCACAGCAUAAAACGAUUCUAUGUGAAUGUCAAGGAUCUAAAAAAUAAACGUUUGAUCUAUGGUUUGAUGCAAUUUAUUUUUUAUUCCUCUGACUCUUACUUGUCUUUGUCUGAAUGUCAAAUUUGUAAUUUACUCUUUGGUUGGCAUUGACGGCCAUUUCAAAAAUCAAUAAUCAGAGCACUUUGCAUUUGAAAAUAAAAUAUAUUAUACGGCCUAAUCAUGGUCUAAUUGGAAUUAUUGAAAAGCAUUUAAAGAUUUUAGAAGGUGUUGCUUAGUCUAAUAAAAAAAAAAUAAUAGUAGAAGUGUUCUAAACAAAAAUUCUUCAUUUCGCCGGCUUGGAUAUUGAUUUUUAAACGUAACAAAUUAAAGCUUGAAUCGUUGAGUUAUGUGAAUUCAUCUAACUUCACAACAUAAUAAUACGUAUAAUUGUGAAAAUGUCUUCAAGAAAAACAAUGGGAGCAUCAUACUCAAGUUUUUCAUCCCCUAAAAAUGGAGCAGAACUCAAUACGCACAAAACCGAGGAGCAAAUCAUGCAAGAGUCGAAAUUAGAGGCGAAAAACAAACUAAAGAAGAUUCACCGUCAAAUCGGUCAACUUGAAAAGAGAAAAACAAAGCUAACAAAAGUUUUGAAAGUAAAAAAAAAUCGCACCCGUAAAAUAACUGUGAGUGUGCAGGAUUUUGGAUCAACAUCACGGGUGAGGAGUCAUCUUGAAGUAGCUCAGGUCACGACAAAUGAGAUGGUAAGUCCAUCAGAUAAUGUACAGAUUCAACUCGCUCAGUCCACAGAAACCAAUAUGACAAAUAAAGUAAUUAAUAAUAACGAGCAGCCCACUGAGAUUUGCAGUACAACCAAAUUUGUAAAAAGAGUUUCUUUUGCUGGUGAGAAUACAUUUAGUCGGACACAAGUAGACAAGUCUGUCCUGGAAUUGCCUUGCACAAACUCCGCUCAGCUGGUCAGAGAUACCCAAAAUUUUAAUAGUGAGACAAAUACAGCAUCUACAACCCAAAAAGAACUAUGUGGUCUGACUGAAAAAAUAAGAAAAGAACCUAAUACAGACAAAACAAUGCUUAAUUAUUCAAGCGCCUAUAAUGACUACUUGUGUGGUGCAACUAGUAAGCCAAAAAAAGCGGGUUUGGUAAAUGAGAGACCUGUAAUAAGGGAACAGGGCCGACACAUUCAGUUUACACAAUCCCUAGAUUUACAGGAUGCGAAACAAAAGAAAAAAAGAAGAACAGCUGUCACAAAUCGUAGUACAGUGAAUCAAUCUUUAUAUCAACGUGAAUCUGCAUUACGUAGAUCAGGCCAUGUAUAUAAGCCUUCAGUAAAUAUACCAGCCAUGACUUACAGAAAACCAAUCCUCAAACAUAAGCCUACAUUAAAUAAACCUACACCACAUACAAUAACCAAUUGUGCAGCACCGAGCCAUGAACAGAUGCUCGCUGAACCAACAAUCAGUUCCGCAGAAUCGAGGAACAUUAGCCAUAUCCAAAGAUAUUUUGACAAACUUGAACAAUGUCCCGCACCAGGCUCUUCUCUAGUAAAUCUCACUCACUUCACAAGCAAACUUCGUACCUACAUAACAGCACUGGAAUUGUUGAAUGUGAAGCAUGUAUCCGAAGGAGACAUAAUGAAGCUGGUGUGCUCCAAGCUUGAGCCAUAUUUGCUGUCAAAUUGGUGUAUUUAUGCACAAAAGCAUUCUAAAAAGGAUGUACCGAUCAUUAAGACAAUGCUAGAGUUCCUCACAGUACAGGUGGAUGUUGGAUUAAAAUAUCUGUACCCAUAUACUGCGGAGAUGUUGAAAACUGAAAGACAAAUUUGCAAACACAAAUAAAAAGACCAUAGAUUAUCUUGUUUAGUGUAGCAGAUAUCUGCAAAUUUUUCAUUAUUCAGUUUCAUAUAAUUUUUUCAAGUUUUACUCAUUUGACCACUCAGGAGAUUAGUUGGUAUAAGAAGAGAUUAUUAUUUUUUAUUUUCUAGUAUGAGAUAUUGAGAACUGAACGAGAAAUUCGCAAACACAUAAAAAGACCAUAGAUUAUCUUGUUUAGCGUAGCAGAUAUCUGCAAAUUUUUCACUAUGGUUUUUGUUCUCAUAUAAUAUUUCCAAGUUUUACUUGAUACUCAUUUUACCACUUAGGAGAUUAGUUGGUACAAACUGAGAUAUUAUUUUUAAUUUACCAGUAUGUACAGUAAUAGUCUGUAAGCAUUUAUGAAAAUGCAUAAUUAAAAAAUCUUGUAAUUUUAAUUUAUUUAAAUAAGUAAGGACAAAUAUUAUGAACAAUAGAUGUAUAUACAAAAGUAGGUAACUGAUCUGCCUGUUAUGUUUUUAUGACCGAUUUUGAAUGUUUUGUGUGUUUUUAACAAUCAAAUGUGUGUGUGUGUGUGUCUGUGUGAUUAAUGUUAUAGAGAUUCUAAUAUAAUAUUAUUAAAUAAUUAAUAUUAAGUAAUAAAUAAGAUUUUGGCUGGUGGGAGGCUUCGGCCGUGGCUAGUUACCACCCUACCGGCAAAGACGUACCGCCAAGCGAUUUAGCAUUCCGGUACGAUGCCGUGUAGAAACCGAAAGGGGUGUGGAUUUUCAUCCUUCUCCUAACAAGUUAGCCCGCUUCCAUCUUAGACUGCAUCAUCACUUAGCAUCAGGUGAGAUUGUAGUCAAGGGCUAACUUGUAAAGAAUAAAAAAAAAAAAAAAUAAGAUUGCAGUCAAAAAUCACCAAAUGUAUGAUUACUUUAAAUAAGAGAGUAGUGAUAAAUUUAAAUUCAUAAAUAAUAGUCAUGAUUGCAGGAUUAGUCAAUCACCAAUAUAAUGUAUGAUUAAUUUAAAGGGAAACUCUCAGUUUAUGAAUAAGAAAGAAGUGAUGUUUUAAGUUUUAUUUACUUAAUUGAUUAUAUUAAUUAAUUAUGAAACACGGCUAAAACUCACGUGAUAUUACGUCGGAGUAUGCCCGUCUAGUUUCGAACCCAUACGGGGCCCUUAGUCAUGAGCUGGUUCUUGCAUCGCGGCACGAUCCAAACUGCGAAGCGGCUGCGCUAUUAUCUGCGCUAUUAUAUUAUUAUUAAUCUUAUUUAUGAUGAAUACUAUUGGCAAAAUUAUUUUUUUGAUUCCACAAUUUUAUUAAUUAACUAGCGGACGCCUGUGACUUCAUCCACGUGAAACUCGAUGUUAACUUUCAACCCCUAUUUCACCCUUCUAUUAAUGUGUUCGGAAUAUACUAAUUAUAAAUAGUCACGAUUUAGGUUUAUAAAAAAGGAAAGAUUUAUAUUUAAAAGAAAACUAUAUUUAGAUAUAGGUAGAUUUUGAAAAAUCAAAUGAAAAUGAGUUACAAACAUUCAACCCCUAUUUCACCCCCUUCUGAUUUUGUUUCCGCGACACAAGUAUACUAUAACCUCCGUAUUAUGGUCUCAAUUUGUGCCAAGAAUUCAAUUAGUAGUUUCAGUGUGAUGCCUGGCUAACAAAAGAAUGCAAUCCAAUUGAAAUUUUCAAAAUAUGUAUCUUCAAUGUACAGAAUUGGACCUGUUACAGUUUAAUAUAAGUAUAGAUAUAUAGUCAAGAUUACAGUAAGUAUUAGACUAUUAAGAAAUAAUUAUAAUAUUAUGUAUAAUUUAUUGAAAAAAAAAAGAAUUAUAUUGUUUUUUAAAUAAUAUGUGGAUGCCAUUGAUGAUUUCAUUUUAACUAAGUCUAUAAAUUAUAAUAAAUAAUAUGUAUUAUGA